GAAGGAGAACACGAGAAUGGUGAAGUCAGGAGUAAAAACAUUUCCCCUGGUCUUUUUAUCACAUCUCUGUGCACACAUUAUUUGUACAGACAAUUUUACACACAUAUUUACACAGAUACUAUUUUAAAUGUCACAGUAAUAUUUGAUUGUCAAAAGGACAUCAAGAUGAAGUGUUUUUCCAACUUCUCUCUACAGCCUGCAGAGCUGCAGUAUUGGAGUGGAAGGCUUCAGAACUCUUGCAUCAGCAUUGAGAUCAAACCCCUCACACAUGAUAGUGCUGGGGUUGAGUGGGAAUGAAGCAGGAGACUCAGGAGUGAAGCAUUUCUCUUCUCUUCUGGAGGAUCCCAACUGUAAACUGGAGAAACUAUACCUGAAGAGCUGCAGUAUAACAGAUGAAGGUUGUAGGGCUUUAGCAUCAGUACUGAGAUCAAACCCAUCAGCCCCCAGAGAGAUCAAUCUGGAGGAGAAUCAGUCUGGACCCUCAGCACAGCAGCUGCUCUCUGAACUACAGAAAGAUCCAAACUGUAAACUUUUGAAAAUACAUGGACCCUAAAUGAAUCCAUCCUGUUGUAUUCCACAUUAAAUAGUAUA